CAGUGAAAUUGAACCAGUCGGUACGUCGCGGAAGAAUGCGUAGCCAUUGUUGGUGCUGCGAUCGUUAGUUUUAUAGAUGUUGGAUCGUAAUGGAUACGAAAAAUAAUUGGAGAACACGUGAGUUAUUAGGAAUAAUAGUAAAUCAAAUUUCAUAUCACUGGUAAGAAACUAACAGCAGCCAAAAAAAAUAUCGGUGAAAGAGAAUUGGUGACGGAGAAACUUGGGUCGUUGCGUCUGAUCGUUUGGUGGCGUAUGCGAACUGAGCGCUCGCGCAAGUGAGAGCAAUAAGCUCGUGUCUGUGUAAGUGUGAGUGAGUGACACUCGGAGGGGCUACUCGGCGGCCGCCAUAACACCAACGGACCAACCAAACUGGCGAGCAGGGAGAAAGCGUAGUGCGAGUGUUCUAAGACGUAGUGGUAGUGUUUUCAAUUGAAAUUACGUGGAAAGUCAACGUUUGAGUGAUCAGAUGUUGCUAAAAUUGCGAAUCCUGGGUGGAGUCUUGGCGAAUCACAUGAGGGUACAGGGCUGACAUUCAAGUCUCUACCUUUUGGUAGGCUUGAGUAGUGUUAUGUCUCCUCAGCAUCAAUCUCCCUGGUCGCAGCACAAACAUCUCAGCAAGCAAAUAUCGAGCUACGAUGCUCAAAUCAAACUAUAUCAUUGUCAACUCGGUUGUUGAUGAAGCCUCGUAGCAUCAAGCAUCAGCAUAAGGCAGUUACCUGCUACGUAGCAUUUAUGUACCAUUUAUGUCGGAAAGAAACGAAGUCAUCAUGCAGCAGGUGGAUACCAACCCGCCAAAUAACUCUUUAGAUGUGGAGGAGCGAGAAAGGCUAUGUAAUAUAUUGAAGACAAGUACGCCUGGAAGGACAACAGGAUCACAAUCAAUUCCUGCGAAAACGCCACCACCACGAGAGGAGCCUGUAAUAGAGCCAGUCAAUGGGGUGGUCCAGCCACCUGUCGUACCUCCACCAAAUCGUCCAGGACGAAUAACCAAUCAGCUUCAGUUCUUGCAAAAAGCCGUACUGAAGCCAGUAUGGAAGCACCAGUUUGCUUGGCCUUUUCAGCAACCCGUCGACGCAAAAAAUCUCAAUUUACCAGACUAUCACAAAAUCAUCAAGCAACCGAUGGAUCUGGGCACGAUAAAGAAACGUUUAGAAAAUACGUAUUAUUGGUCAGGGAGUGAAUGUACCCAUGACUUUAAUACUAUGUUUAGCAAUUGCUACACUUACAACAAACCUGGUGAAGAUGUUGUAGUGAUGGCUCAAGCACUAGAAAAAUUAUACCUGACGAAGGUUGCACAAAUGCCAAAAGUGGAAGUGGAGAUUGAACCUCCAGUGCCAAAAGGGCCAAAAGGAAAGAAAGCAAGAACUAACGCACCAAUGAUUCCUGGUACGCCAGGAGUUGGUCGAGGUCGGCCGUCUUCUGGAGCAGCAACAGUUAGUUCCAGUGUACCAAACAGUUUGACCCCUGCAGCCACAACGGCUGGAACCACUGGUGUUCUACCAAUACCUCCUCUCGGUACUCAAGCACCAGUAUCUGUACCUGGAAGUACCAAUACUACCACCAUUGCACCACCAACAAGUAUAGGUGUUACGCCGAUGGCUACUCAUAACUCUUUACCGCAACAAGUGGUCCCUCCACCAAGUGGAUAUCACGCGCAGCCAGCGCUGGAUCCUCAAGCAGCAACUGCCGUACCUGCGCCACCACAAAUUCCAACCACAUCUACUGUUAUGCCACCUUCACAACCUGCUAAACUCAAAAAAGGGGUGAAGAGAAAGGCUGACACGACGACACCCACCGCUAAUUCUUUUGAACCUAUGUAUCAACCUAUAGAUGCUAAAAAUGCUAAACUUCCUACAAGAAGAGAAUCUGGUAGACAAAUCAAGAAGCCAUCGAGACAAGCGGAAGACGGCCUUGUGCCAUUCCAUCAGGCCAACAUGCCCCUGAUCGGGGCGAUGGCCCAACAGCCACAACAUGUUGGUGGUAAAUCAAAGGAAAAACUUUCGGAAGCGUUGAAAUCAUGUAAUGAAAUUCUCAAAGAACUAUUCUCCAAAAAACAUUCGGGUUAUGCAUGGCCAUUUUACAAACCGGUUGAUGCAGAACUCUUAGGUCUCCAUGAUUAUCAUGAUAUAAUCAAGAAACCUAUGGAUCUUGGCACAGUGAAGACGAAAAUGGACAGUCGGGAAUACAAAACAGCUCAAGAGUUUGCAAGUGAUGUUCGGCUCAUCUUUACAAAUUGUUAUAAAUACAAUCCUCCUGAUCACGAUGUCGUAACAAUGGCGAGAAAACUACAAGACGUCUUUGAGAUGAGGUAUGCCAAGAUUCCUGAUGAGCCUGUGGGUGGAAUGGUGGCAAUGAAGGGCAGCAGUAGUAGUGGUAGUAGUUCGGGAUCAGAGUCGUCGUCAGAAAGUGAUGAUUCGGAAGAGGAACGUACGCAACAAUUGUUAGUUCUUCAACAAGAAUUAAAAGUGAUGCAUGAGAAAAUGAAAAAGUUGAUGGAGGGAAGUGGAAAAAAGAAAAAUAAAAAGACUAAGUCGGAUAAACCGAAAAAUAAGCCAUUGAGUAAUAAAAAUGCUGGACUUGUUGGAAGCCACAGUGGUGCCAUGAAGGAACUUAUGAAACCAAGUGUCGGGAUACCGAAUGUUUCGGAUAGUGUUGGUGCUAGUAUAGCGAGUGUUGCAAUGGGCGCCGGAGACCUUAAAAUGCCUGGAGCCAUGCCAGUUGGUGUUGGUAUGGGUCUACCUGGUGAUCAUCAUCCUGGCAUGGUUGUUGGACCUAACAAGACGCAUCCUGGAGCUGCUGCGGCAGCGAAUGUUAAACAAAAAGGUAAAAGUAGAGGACCUGGAAAAGCUACAGCUACAAAUGCUGCCACCAAACGACCUAAAACGAAUAACAGGUCGACGAGUAAUAAAAAGAAAAAUGCUACCAAUCAACCACCUCCGAUGCCAUUUGAUUCUGAAGAUGAGGACAACGCCAAACCCAUGUCUUAUGAUGAAAAGAGGCAGCUUAGUUUGGAUAUCAACAAAUUACCUGGUGACAAGUUGGGAAGAGUAGUACAUAUUAUUCAAUCUCGAGAACCUUCUCUAAGAGACUCAAACCCUGACGAAAUUGAAAUUGACUUCGAAACCCUCAAACCAUCCACAUUAAGGGAGCUCGAAAGCUACGUUGCCUCGUGUCUGAGGAAAAAAAUACAUAAAAAAGUUAGUGGUAAAUCUAAGGAUGAACAAAUGGCAGAGAGAAAGCAAGAAUUAGAAAAAAGAUUGCAAGAUGUAACUGGACAAUUGGGCAAUGUAAAGAAAACUACUAAAAAAGAAGACAGCAGUAAAUCAGUAGAUGUAGUGGGUACCGGAGGAGCUAGCGGACCAUCACGAUUGUCAGCAUCAAGCAGUAGUAGCAGUGACAGUGAUUCCAGUAGUAGUUCGCUAUCCUCGAGCUCCAGUGAUUCGAGCGACAGUGACGCAGGAAAUUCUGCAAAUCGACCGCCAAGGAAAAAAACUAAAAAAACAGCUAAUGCUGCACCAAUACCAGGAAACACCACUGUCCCACCGGCACCUACCGUAAAUCAUACGGGAAACCUUCUUAUUAAUAAUCAACCUCCAAACACAACGGGACCAGUAACGAAGCCAGUUGUAACGCAAUCCAAUUCAAUGCCCAUUGAACAAGGUGGAAACCAGGCAAUUGGUGUAGCAGCAGUGACAGCCCCAGGGAUUUCUGUGGCAAGUCACACGUCAAUGCCAGCACAACCACCUCGACCAAGUUCCCUAGCAACAGCAGCUCCGAUGAAGAAAAAAACUCCACCACCUUCAACAACGUCAAACCCGCCUACACCAUCAUUAUCGGUACCAACACCUCCGCCUAGUGUAACUCCUACUAAUGCCAAUACUUCAGUAGCAUCGCCGAUAGUCACACAGACGUCACAAGUACCCACGACAGUUGGUAGUUUUCCUUCUGUAAAUACUUUAACAGGUACGACGGAUGGAACACCUUUGAGCCAACAACCUCAACAACCACAGCAACAGCCGGACCUUAUGCAGCCUUACAUCUCAUUAGAAUCCAUGGCAACGAGCCAACCAUCAAGUGACGUAAAUAUCAGCAGCAUUAAAAAGGAGUCAACACACGUGUCAAUGGUUUCACAUAUUCAUCCGCCAACAACCAAUAAUGCUAACAUUAACAUGAUGCCAGAUAUUAAAAACUCUGUUAACAUUAUGCCCACGAGUAUGCCGUCUAAUUUAAAUUUGAGUAAUCUCAACAUGGCUAAUAUCAACAUGAACUUACAACAAAGCAUUGGCACAUCUAUGUCCAUACAAAAUCAAUUGGAGAACAUGAUAAACACAUCGUCUCAAUUGACUAAUAUACAAAAUUCACACAAUAUUACAAUGGCUCCACAGCAUUCCAAUGGUUUCUCUAAUGUUAAACGAGAAAAUUCACCUCCUAUGAUGAAUAAUAAUGGAAUACCAAGUUUAAACAUGGGAGCGACUAUGGGAGCUAUGAGUUCUAUCUUUGAUCCUCAUCCUAUACUCUCAUCAAUGCCAAUGACAAUUCCUCAACUAAUUGUAAAGAAAGAAGAGAAACCAAUGAUUUCUCAAGCUCAAAUGCCUCAUAAACCCCCUAUGGAUGCCGGAGCUUUCUUUGCAGAGAUGAGUUCAUUAGGAAUGCCUCCGAUAAGCAAUCAUUCUAUUUCACAACCAAUGUUAUCUGAAAAGAAAAUGACACCACCUGAUUCCAAAAAUUCUGCGGCAAACUUUGCCUCAGCUUUUAAAAAUAAGACUGUCGAGCAGAAUGUAAAAAAUGCUUCUUCAUGGUCGUCACUUGCUCAAGCUUCAAGCCCCCAAUCAGCAGCAGGAAGUAGUAUGAAAAGUGCAGCGAGAGAUUCUUUCCAGGCGUUCAAAAAGCAAGCCAAAGAAAAGCAGGAUAGGCAACGUGCAUUAAUGGAGCAACAAGAAAUGCGAAGACAACAGAAAGAACAAGAGAGAUUAAGACAAGAAAAUGAAAGAAAGAAAGAACGAGAAGAAGAAGAUGCAUUGGAAAAGAUGAUGAAAACUGUCAGUGAUCAACAGGGCCCAGCAAUAACAGCGACGACUCGCGCUGAAGAAAUAAGAGUCUCGACGGAAACUGAUAGCAGUAGUCCAAGUCAUUCAUCCAGUCAAGAUAGAGCUGCUGCUGAACGUGAACGUCAGAGGCAACGUGAACAAGAACGUCGGCGUCGAGAAGCGAUGGCAAACAAGAUUGACAUGAACUUGCAGAGUGAUUUGAUGGCUGCGUUUGAAGAAACGUUAUAAUGAAACAAAUUGCUCGUAAAUAUCCAAUGAAACCGGGCGGGACUUGGAUAAUAUUAUCCGGAUUUUGCCGCUGGACGAUAUUAAUUGCUGAAUUUUGUUAAUAUAUUGAUGAUAAUAAUAGUAAUAAUAACAAAAAUAAUGAGGAAGAUGAAGAAUAAUAACAAUAAUUAUUAUAAUAACAAUAAUUAUAGGAAUAGAAGUAGUUCAAAUAGAAAUAAUAUAAAUAAUAAUUAUAAUUGAUUAAAUAAUAAAUUAAAGAUAAAUUUGAUUUAAAAAAUAAUGUCGUGAAUAGUCAAAUUAAAUAACCUUCUAAUAUUGAAGGUAUCACGAACGUUAUUGUUACGUUAUAUUCAUAACAAUGGAAUUUAUUCCUUCAACUACUAGCAAGUUUUUUAUGAGGUAGUUGAAUCAUUUUUCUUCGGCACAAGAGGCCAUUUUUCAACGAGUUCAGAUGCUAUUGUGUCGCCUGACGGACACCUAAGUGUGACCAUGUGUAAUUAUAAAAUUGAAAUACUUAUUAUUGACUUUAAAGUAAAAAAAACAAAAAGCAAAUCAAAGGAAACUUUGAUAAAAUGCUCCUCUAAAUGUUUGUGUUACGUUUUCCGGUUUUCAUAAGUUUGUACUUUAUGUAAAUUUGGAGAAAAAUUAUGAGAAAAUAAGUAAAAAACACAAUGUUUGAAACAUAUAAUGAUUAAUGAUUAAUAAAAACAAAUAAUGAGUGAUACUUGUGUGCAGUGAAAUAAAUAAAUGUGUGAUUUGAUUGAUUGAUUGAAUGAAUAGUAAGAUAUGACGAGAGGAAAAUAAUAUGAAAGUUAUGUAUAUUUAGUUAAGUUUUAUAUUUUUCCACAUCCAGUCAUUAAUCAUUGGUAGAAACAUAUAUAUUAUUAUGCAAAUCCAAUUUUUGCCAAUUAACUGUAUAUCGAAAUAACUAUUAUUACUCAUCAUUAUUUUCAGAUUUUAUUUUCGAUUAUGAAUCUACUGUAAUUGUAAACACGUCAAAUAGGUAGCCUUGUUAAUUAAGAGUCAUUAAUAAAUAACAUACAAGAUUUUACCUAAAACGAAUAAUACAACGUGGUGGUGUUCAUGAAUACGAAAAAAAUACUGGAGUUUUUACGUAACUCUAUCAAACGGAUUAGGAAAAAAAAAAAAA